CUUGGCAAAAGCCCUUGUUUCUUUAGUGUUACAGAAGCAACACUAACAGUGGCCACCCUUGGUGGCAAGAAACUGACAGUUCAAGAACUAUGUUGAGGAAGAAAUGAAGUUGAAAGUUGAGAUUCUAAAAGUGAAAUAGUCCGAAAAGAAGGGAUAAUACACUGGACAGAAAAAGAGACGAGGAUUCCGCAGUUCCGCUACUUCCGCUCCUUCACUGUUGUGACUGCAGCCAAAGAGAGAGGGAGCACAAACAUGUUAGAGAUGCUUGAAGUUGGGCCAUGCAAAGAUGGUUACGAGAUGGGAUUUCUGAUAGGUCAAAGGUUCUCUAAUUUGAUAAGGAGCAGGUUGUCCAGUGACCUAAUUCUGCAAACCCAGCUACGACCAUUCGCUAAAUCCCCUGAAUCAAAACCACUCAUUGAAGCACUCUGCCUUAACAACAGCAAUAAGUUCCCGAGGUACUGGGACGAGCUACAAGGGACUGCAGACGGCAGUGGUGUGCCAAUUCUUGAUAUACUAUUGAUUAACUUCAGGAAGGAGAUUCUCCCGUUUGUUCCAAAGAAGUUGGCAAAUUCAGUUGAUGAUGGUCCGGAUGAUUGUUCUGAUGUUCUUGUUGUUAGCGAUGCAAUGGCCGUUGCGGCACACAACGAAGACGCUAAUGUUGCCCUUAUUGGUCACACGUACCUCAUCAAGGGAACUAUGUCCAGCGGAGUAUCUUUCAUUGCUUAUACAUAUGCAGGAGAGCUUCCGAGCUGUGCAUUUGGAUUCAAUAGCCAUGGACUGGCAUUUACAUUGAAUUCAGUUCCUCCGUCCCAAGAUGAGAUCGCUGCUGGUGGAAUUGGACGAAAUUUCGUCUCCCGCGACCUCCUUGAAGCAAUGAGCAUUGAAGAUGGAUUAACAAGAAUAUGUUCAUCCGGAAUUUCUGUAGGGCACAGUUACAAUCUAAUCGACAUGAAUACACGUAAGAUCUUGAAUGUUGAAUCUGCUUCAGGGAACCGGAUUUCAGUUCAUACAGUUGGGCCAACACCAUUUUUCCAUGCAAACAUGUAUCUACAUCUACAAGUUGAGCAGGUACAUGAUGAGAACUCAAUAAGCAGGCAAAAACGAGCAGCUGCGCUACCAAAUGGAUCGAAAGAUGAAAUCUUGUCAAUACUUGGAGACACAGAAGAUACAAGAUAUCCAAUUUACAUGACAGGUCCAAUGCUCCACACCCUAUGCACGGCUAUCAUAGACCUGGAUGAGCAGACACUAUCGAUCAUUGAAGGCAAUCCAAAGAAAGGAGAGGUUUCUCAUGUCUUCUCCGUAUCAAAAGAAUUCAAUGUUUCAUAACGAAAGUGAAUAGCAGCGUGGCUCGGUUUUUAUUGAUAUGACUGGUUGGUCUUCAACCCCUCAGACAGGUUCAUAGAGUCCCAGCAUAUGACCAUCAAUACAUCGCAUGGCUGCAACCUAAUCAAGCAAACCACAAACUAUCUUCAGUUCUAGAAGAGAGAAGAAAGCCUAGAAAAUCCAUGUAAAUGUUCAAUAGAUAAUGAUUUCAUUACUUAUACCUUCCCAUGGACCUCGUGCUUGAUGGGGCCGUCUAGUUCAGCACCUAAGGCCAUUAGUUUUGUCACUGUAGUGUUGAUAUCAGACACUGUGAACGAUAGUAGUGAAGAAUACCCCUGCUGCAUAACAUGGUCACUGUAAAACUCAAUUAGCUGCUCGCGUCUUGGUUCAUUUUGACACCCAGGAAUCUAUCUAGACAGGCUUGCAGAA